CCAGCCCACGAUAAUGCCACAAAACCCACGGCAAAUAACAAUGCUCAAGCUCCACAGCCUGCUGGUCAUCACCGCGUCCCUCGCCGGCGCCUCGCUGGCGGAGAUGGUCUUCCGCUGCCCGGCGUGCACCGCGGAGCGCCAGGCUCUCUGUCCGCGGUUCAGCGAGCCUUGCGCCGAGAUCGUGCGCGAGCCGGGCUGCGGGUGCUGCCCUGUGUGCGCCCGGCAGGAGGGCGAGACGUGCGGCGUGUACACCCCGAGGUGUGUUGCUGGCUUGCGAUGCUACCCGUCGCCCGACUCGGAGCUUCCCCUGGAGCAACUGAUGCAGGGCCAGGGCCUGUGCCGGCACACGGUCGACACUGAAACCACGAGCCAGGAGCACCGGGAGCAGACCAGCGGUGAGACUAUGGAACUGUUGUCCGAGUCAGGUCUGAGUGACGUCCGCAUACCCAAUAAGGAGGGCACCUGGAUGGGAGCCAAGGAGAGCGCUGUGCGACAACAUCGUCAAGAGAUGAUGACCAAAAUGAAGACCAAUAAGGUGGAAGAGCUUAAACCUACACGACCCAAACAGACUCCGUGUCAGCAAGAGCUGGACCAAGUGCUUGAGAGGAUCUCCAAGAUGCCCUUCAGAGAUAAUCGAGGUCCCCUAGAGGACCUUUAUGCCCUGCACAUCCCCAAUUGCGACAGGAGGGGGCAGUAUAACCUCAAACAGUGCAAGAUGUCUCUUUAUGGUCAGAGGGGCGAGUGCUGGUGUGUAAGCCCCCACACCGGCCGACCCAUCCCAGCAGCCCCAACUGUGCGGGGCAACCCCAACUGCAGCCAGUACCUUCCAGAGCUGGAGCUGGAGCUGGAGCUGGCCAACAUGGAGCAGAUAUAAUGAUAAUGAAACAAAAAGGAACUAUAAAGCAUAUGGGUACAAACAAAAGUAUGUACCCAAGGUUAACUUGCAAUUGUUUACCGUCAGAGAGAGCAUUAUGUUAAACUUAACGUGUAAUAAAAAGAU